GAAGAAGAGGACAGAGAAGAGCCAGUGAGAGAAGAGAGCUUUACCACACACAAACCCACUCAGAAAACUCAAAAUCCACCACACCCCAUCCGCCAUUAAAAGACAAAAGCUUUUUGCUUAGAUUCAAUCCAAAUCAGUAAAAAUAGGGUUAAUCGAAGAACCUCACCGGAAUUCCACAGAGGAAUUGCAUCGAUCGCGUUCCUGCUGCGGCUUGAGGAAGAAGAAGAACAGUGACAGUAAUCAACAGAAGAAGAAGGAAGAGAAAUCGAAGAUGGAGACGAAGGAAGCGCAGCCUCAGAACCAGCCGAUGGUGAGCUUGAGCUUCAGCAGUCAGAUGUCUAGAGAAGACGAGGAGAUGGCUCGCUCUGCUCUCUCUGCGUUUAGGGCUAAAGAGGAUGAGAUCGAGAAGAGGAAAAUGGAGGUUCGUGAACGGGUCAAGGCUCAGCUGGGUCGAGUCGAGGAAGAAACCCGACGUCUCGCUCAUAUCCGCGAGGAGCUUGAAACUAUGGCUGAUCCCAUGAGGAAGGAAGUUUCUUGGGUGCGUAAGAAGAUUGAUAGCGUCAACAAAGAACUCAAACCGCUAGGCGCUACAGUUCAAAAGAAGGAAAGGGAAUACAAAGAAGCACUGGAUACAUUCAACGAGAAGAACCGCGAGAAAGUUCAGCUGAUCACCAAGCUAAUGGAGUUGGUUGGAGAAAGCGAGAAGCUGAGGUUGAAGAAGCUGGAGGAGCUUAGCAAGAGCAUAGAAACUGAGUGAUUCAAUCUCAAAGUCAAAGAGACCAGCCAGUCAAGAACUAAUUGGGCUUAGGGUUAUGGUUCUAUUUAUUGUAAUUUUUUAAUUUAUUUUUCACUUUGGAAGAUGUGAAAUUCGUGUGGUUUUUUUAGUUUAUGGGUGUUUUAGUUUUUUUAAAUGGAUUGUGGGUUGAUUUGUAAAAUUAUGAUGGGUGUUUAUGUUUUUGAUUAACCAAAUUAGGGAAGGGAUAUGGGAUAAUGCUUAGGCUACUGAAUGCUAAAGGGUUUGUAAGUUUGAAUUAUCUUUCUUUUGUUCUAAAAUAUUGUUUUAUUUA